CGAAUCGAGACAUCGGAGCAACGGAAACGUGUAAUGGAAACGCGGGGACGCAGCUGUCACAACACGAAAUAUCUGUGGAGAUUUUGACACUUCGGUAUAUCAAAGUGAAUGUUCUUUCACGUUUAGAAAAAUGACAGAAAAUACGAGCAAUCCAUACAACAUAAACGGGCAGCAUUUCAACCCCGACAUGUAUCUGGAAAAAAUGCUCAAGGAAUGCACACUGAAACAGAUCAUGGACAAUGAAGCUGAAAUAAUUCGCGAUACCCAGACGCUUCAUUCUGACAUGCAGACUUUGGUAUAUGAAAAUUACAACAAAUUCAUUUCUGCUACCGAUACCAUAAGAAAGAUGAAGAAUGAUUUCAAGAAAAUGGAGGAUAGCAUGGAAUCGCUGUCCAGCAACAUGGACAGCAUCACGUCAUUUUCAGAACAGAUAUCUUCAACUUUGCAAGGCACAAGGCAACAGAUAACGAGACUAUCGUCCGUGCACACUCUUCUCAAGAAGCUACAAUUUCUAUUUAAGCUGCCAGCUAAAUUGAAAGAUAAGAUGAACAAUGGAAACUACUCCCAGGCCGUCCAAGACUACAUUCAUGCUCAACGUGUCCUGAACCAGUAUGGAAACAUGCCUUCUUUUCAAGGUAUACAAAAGGACUGUGAAGAAAUAGUCGAGGAGCUCAAAGUUAAACUGAGAACUCAGUUCCAGAGCAGAGAUGCGACCACAAAGUCUCUGGCUGAGAGUGUCGAUCUUUUGCUCCAGCUCAAAGAGCCACCCGAAUCAUUGUGCGCGGAAUUCUUAAGUAAUGCCGAAAAUAGGUUGACCGAACAGUUGAAACAACUCAAGGACAUGUGCGAAAAUGACGUUAUAGAAUUCGUGGAUAUGGGAAGUUCGGGUUUUAUGAGCGACCUUUGCCUCAUUGUCGCUUCCUAUAAAGACAUGUUUGUCAACAGAAUACCCCUGGACGACACAGAGUUCAGUGACGACUUUGACUCUAAAGCCAUUGUGAAAUUAGACACUUUUGUUCUGAAUAACAUGAAGAACUACUUUGAUCUCAUUGGUAAAAGAGUUGAGGAUGUUGGGGAUACUGCAAUCUUAGUUCGCGCGCUAGACAGGUUUUACAGACGCUUACACGCAGUCAAUACUCUCUGCAAUGAGACCGAUUUUUCCACGACUGCAACAGAAAUUGUCAUAAAUGCUGGAAGAAAGCAGUGCAGAAGCCAUUUACACUCUUUGAAGCAGCAUCUGACUGAGGCUUUGGCUAAAGUAAGGCAAACGCUGGCUGCUAAAGUUAGUCAAGAUGGUGAUACAGGUCUUGCAGAGUUACAGGCCUCUCUGGUCAUGCCUACGAUAGAAAAAGUGAAAGGAGUCCUGCAGGAUUUAUUGGUAUUCCUGCAGCCUGAAUUAAUGUUCAGUGGAAAAUCUCAUUUCCUCCAAUGCUUUUGCGUUGACGAAGUUAGAGAGGGAUUAGUGAUUGGAUUUUUACAUCAUCUAACUGCCACAGCUAGCGGAUUCUGUUCCGGAUCUGACGUGCCUAAAUUUCCCCCCACAUUACUAUUAUUGCUGAGCAAAAUGUGCAUCGAAUUUAAAGAAUCUAGCGUACAUUAUCUGUUAACCACAACAGACGAUCUCUUCAACAUUCAAAGGCAUGCAUCUUUGGCAAAUUUUGUAACGUCAGAAAGUGAAAUCUGUAACAACUUUCAAACAGCAGCUCAAAAUUUACUAAAUCAUUACGUGCGACUUCAGGGAUUAUCUGUUUCACAAAUGUUGAGAAAGUCAGUGGAGACACGAGAUUGGCUACAUACCAUUGAACCCAGAACUGUCAGGGCUGUGAUGAAGAGAGUAGUCGAGGACGUGACGGCAAUUGAGCUGCAAGUUUCCGCCUUGUAUGAUGAUUCAGACGGCCAAAUUGAUAGGAGCAGCGAUAGUAGCAGAAGGACGCAUAGCGUCAGUGUAUCAAGGCAUCAAUAUCGAUCAAAUUGGUCCUCCUACACGCCAAGUCAUCUAGAUUCAUCUCUGGUGACAAACAUUCACAAAUUGUUUUCAGAACGUAUAGAGAUAUUCUCUUCGGUUCAGUUCAACAAAGCUUCGAUUCUGACUGGAAUUAUAAAGAUCAGCUUAAAGACAUUUUUGGAAUGCGUCAGAUUGCGCACGUUCAGCAAGUACGGCCUACAACAAAUACAAGUAGAUACCCACUAUCUCCAGCUUUACUUGUGGCGGUUCGUUUCCGACGAAAACCUUGUACAUUUUCUUCUUGAUGAAAUAUUGGGAAGCGCGGUUCACAGAUGUUUAGAGCCUGUGUUGAUGGAGCCCAGUGUCGUAGACAUUAUUUGCGAACGGGGUUGAAGGACUUCCUAAUUCCGAUAACAAUAUACCUACGUGUAGUUAUACUGUUAUUUAUAUGUAGCGCAUACAAAGUGAGAAGUUAUACAAUUAUUAAUCUAUACAGAGCAACUAUAACAUUACAUAUGCAAAUAACUACAGUGUAUACAUUAUCGUGGACACUGAUUACGCUAAUGUUUGUAAAGUCGGUGAAAUUAUAUUACAGAUAUGUACAUAUAAUAA